GGAUUCUCCAGACACAAAGGAAACCUGAAUGAAGGAUGGCAGGUAAAUUAGAUUGCUUCCAUUUGAAAGGAAGCGAUGGAGGAUUCAAUACCAAACAGAAAGACAUCUUCCAGCAACUUGAAUCACUUGAGACCAAGUACAAAAAUGACUUGGUUAAAAGGUUCUCAACAGGUGAUGAUGAGGAUAAUAAAGGGGAACUUUGUGAUGUAGAUGCUUCUGCAUCCUUUAGAGUUCCGAAGACCAUGCCUUCAAAGACAACCAGAGGAAGAGAGCGAUUCAGCGGAGACAGAAAAGAAUGGUCAAAGAAUGAAAGUCAAUAUAGAGACUCAGAGUACAAUAAAGACAAGCAUUCCACGUGGAAUAAUAAAAGGAGAAGCAGGCAACAUGACUACAGUAAUCCUGCCAAAUGGACAAAGUACUCUUUAGAAGACACUGACAUUGGAAUUGAAAGUCAGAAUAAAAAAAUUGCCUUCCAGUUCCUUGCAGAACAGCGUGCUCGAAACAAAGACUCUACAACAGAUGUUGUUGCAAAUCUAGAUGAUAAAAUCACCUUCUCAAAACCACUUGCAAAAGAAGUUAAUGAUACUGGAAAAACUAAUCCAAAAAUGUUUGGAAAUGUGUUUCGAAUGGAGGAGUGUGUAGUAGGCGUGCCCAAAAAAUUGAAGGCAAAAACAGACAGAAAACCGAAAGCAGAGUCGAUGCCGUCAACUCAUGUCCAGCUUGACUUAAAAUAUCUAGACGAUUCGGAUGAAGAAGAUCCAUUAACCAAAGGAAAAAAUAAACAAGAGGGUGAAGAAAAAAUAAUGUUUAGGAAAAACAAACAGAGAAAAUCCAUCAGAAAAAGAGAUGAAGAUACUUAGGAAUGAAAUUGAUAAUUGAAUUGAGUGAUGGAAAAACAACUGCCUUUUAAUGUCAACCAAAGUGUUGAAUAUAGAAUGCUGAAAUCAUUGUGAUAUCAAUUAUUUUAACUUGAGUAUAAUUACAUUCAUUUAAAAACAAUAAAUAAUAAUAUUAUCUUUGAAUUUUAAUUGCUGUUAAUACAUGUAUCUCUACUGUGACAGUUUAUUGGAUCUAUCCAACGGCAGCUGAGUAGCCAUAUUAGUAAAUACAGUUGUAUAAAUACUGUAGAUCGGUUGAUCUGAAGAAUAAUAAAACUAAAAUAUAGAGUACUACAGUGUUACGUCACGAUACCGCGCGAUACUUCUCUGUUGCUAUCGGCGACACAAAAUGCAUUCAACCGGACACCAUUAUUUUCACUAACUAACCAUUGAUCCCAAUUUCUAACGUAAUUAUUAAGAUGGGCGCCACCUGGUGUUGUGACAACACAACUGUUGUACUCUAUAACCACAAUUAAAUAGGAGUGAUGUUAUAUUGCCAGGCUAGCUAUUUGGAGGUGGUGGGUUCGAUUCCCACCCAAAUCACUUGCCAAUUUUUUUCGUAAGUAUUCGGGGACGUACUGAUUAUUCAGUACAAUAACUCGUCAGGCCAAAAUAUCACUCCUAUGAUGUUUUCUUGAUGCAAAGUCACAUUGAAAUCUCAAUUAAAUAAUAAGAAAUUUAAUAAUACUUUUGAAGAGUUCUUUUAAAAGCAUAAAAUGCAAUGUGAGUGGUACAGUUUUAUGGAUGUAUCUACCACAUACACACUCACCCUUGACCUGCCUUAGGCUACAGUCUAUAAAACGAGUUUUCGUAAUCUCGAAAGCUACGAUGAGAGCCUUAUAGUAGAGGCAGUAGACCUAAAAAAGAUCUAUUAAUCAAUCAGCCUCAAGGGCAGUAUAAGAGAGGCAGUAGAUCUAAAAAAUAUCUAUUAAUAAAUCAACUAUUAAUCAAUCACCCUCAUGAGGGCAGUGUACUCCCCAGGGAGCAGGGAAGGUUGCACGUUGUUCCACUUUGUCAUUGUAUGUUAUUGUUAUCCACUGUCCAGUGGUAAUAAUGCUCAGUGCCUUUUAAUCAUUUCUUGGAAUUGGCGCUAUAUAAAUAUUUGGGUAUAUUAUUAUUAUUAUAAUAGAGGCAGUAGAACUAAAAAAAGAUCUUAUCUAUUAAUCAGUCAGCCGAGUGUUUCUAC